AUGGCACAACCUGAAGCUGCUAGCACCCUUGCUCCUCCGCCCACCAUCUCCGUUCAGCGUCCGCCCACGCCGGACAUGGAAUCGCAGCCUGGGACCACGACUGCAAACGGGGCCGCUGCCCACCGUAACCCCAGCGGCCGCCUCAGACAGCUCCAUGCGGGGCUCUGGAACCGCAUCCUGAUCUGGCUGAAAGUCAGAGAUGCGGCGGACCCGCUGUUGCGCCCCGGCGCCAGACCACAGACGGAGGAGAAAGCGCUUCGCCUGCCUGUCGGGCCGAGCGUCGCUUCCUUGGUCGGCGCAACAGCAAACCUUGCAUUUCAGUCCCUUGCAAUUGACGACUCCGAAGGAAGUCGGCCGCAUCGGCCAGAUCAGGCUCAUUGGAACGAGUUACUACCCCCUUUAGAUGCUGGUGCAGCUGUCAGUAGCUUAGUGGGCACAACUGCAAGUUUGGCAUACCUUGCUGUGGGUUUACCAGAUGCUGAUAAUAGUCCAUUCCGGCGGUCAUGCCGUGAGCAUGCCCAAAUCUGGAAAUUGUACAUGGAUAUUGCUCAGAACUUUGAUAAAUCACUGGCCGAGACUUUCAAUAGUGAUUUAGACUCCCUCCUCAUUUUUGCAGGCUUAUUCUCUGCAAUUCUUUCAGCCUUCUUGAUUGAAGUCAGAAGAGGCCUAGAGGAAGACCUGCAAAGUGUUACCAAUACUCUGCUGAAAAACUUGAUACAGGUUCAGGCCAAUGCCUCCAGUAUCAUUCCCCCUACAGAGCCUUUUAGCCCUACACCCUCAACCCGCUUUGUCAAUGCUCUGUGGUUCACAAGCCUGACAUUCAGUCUUCUCAGUGCUCUAGGUGCCAGUGCUGCAAAAUCAUGGGUCACCCAGCUAGCAAAACUCUCAGGGUCUAGCUGGAGCAAUGCUUCUGCUCAUUGCCGCCGUCUGAGGGGCAUUCAGCGCUGGCACUUUGCAGCAUUUGUCCAGUCUCUCCCCUUCUUUCUCCAUGUGGCAUUUUUCCUCUUUGGUGCUGGGCUUGUCAUCAUCCUUUUCCAGGAUGACAAAAGCAUUGGCAUUCUGACAUUGGCCUUGACAUCCAUAGUAGCCAUACUUUAUGUGGGAAAUAUUGUCUUCUCUGCCAUCUAUCCAGAUUCCCCAUAUAGGACACCACUGUCUGGCCUUCUGCAGCGCUAUGUCCUAGGUCUCAAGCCCCGGACCAUCAAACUACUUGCCUCUCCAGAAGAGGAUGAUGCACGGAAAGCUCAGGCUUUGGCCUGGCUGCUUGCCCAGCCAGUACCUCUGGAAACAACACAGGCAACAAUCAGAGCAAUUGCUGGACUACCAUUCAGCAAAUCUGUCCAGCAUGAACUUUAUCAUGGAACAACCACAGCCAUGCUUUCUACCCAGCUGAUUGAUGAGAUUGCUGAUGUACCAGCAGGAACAAAGCCUUCCUCUGACUCACUACAGCAUCUGCUGUAUGCACUGCUCCAUUUGGUCCAGACAGCUCCUGAGGAAGCUCCUGCAUCAUCAGCUGCAAGAGAUGCUCUCAAAAGACUUGUAAUUGGUGUUGGACCCUUGGUACAUAUUGCCUGGCUUCCAUUGCAGGUUCAAGCUCCAGCAAUGUGUCUUAAAGCUGCAAUUAUCUACUUUUUAAGUGGAAAGGAGUUGGUCAAGCAAAAUGCCCAAUUAUUCUCUGUGCAAAUUCCCUAUAUGGCCCGCACAUGCUCUGAGAAAUGUUUACGCUAUUUGUUCACUCGGCUAGCCUAUAGUAACUGGUCACUGGAGCAGCGGACAAUACCUAAAUGGAUGCAAGAGUUAGGAAAGCCAAAACUAGAGCGUCAGGCAGAACAAAUACUCAAAUGGUUAACACUUGAAGGCAAAACAGCUUUUUCACAAAAGCUAUUGCAAUAUCUCCCUCAACUCCUUCACUCCCCCAAUGACACCAUACAGCUUUCAGUAUUGCAACUUCUGCAGGCAUCUAACAUUAGGGAUUUGAAUGACACUCAGACAAAAGAACUGUCAUCAAUAUUAUUCAAUGUUCUUACACAUAGUCACUCAUCAUCUGUGCAGCAGGCUAUAGUCAAGCUUCUAAUAACUGAUGCAACCUUCUCCACUGAUGUGCCACUGCCAGACCUUCUCCAAAGCCUUCUCCAGUUGGUUCAGACAACUGUUUUUGAGAGUGCAGCUUUAGCACUUGAAUGUAUUAUUAAAUUCUCAGAUAUUCAUGAUGAAUUCUUUAAUCUAGUGUGCACUACAGAAAAUGCCAGAAUCAUUGUCCUUGCUGGGAUCUAUCACUCUAAUAGAGAGCAGGUCACAGAGAUUAUCCAAAAACUUCUUGAACGGGGGGGAAUAUGUAGACUGCUUCUCGGCACAGAGCUUGAAAAACAACUGAUUUCUCUGCUUGAUGUUGAUCAACCAGAUGAAAAUGCCAAUCCAGCUGUUAGCCUCAAUGAUAAGAGAAGGUUGGCUGUUAGCUGUAUCAGCUCAGUUUACACCUAUGGCAUGAGGUGGAGUACUAUCAACAAAGAUUCAUUAUCCUAUUUCUUCAAAACUGCCAGAACUGUGGAUAGCGAGAUAGAGGAGUUAAUUAUUGCAGCACUGAAGACUUUUAAUGACACAAAUGUUCAGCAAGACCUUCUCAGCAUUGCAUACAAUGAAGUUUAUACUUGUUUGGGAUCAGGGUACUAUUUGCAACAUGCAGUCAAGAUAAUUAGACAUCUGCUAAGUGAUCAGUUCUUAGUUCAGAUAUCCACCGCCACAAUUGAAGAUAAUACUGCAAAGAUUAUACAGAAUCAUGGGAAUAGUGGAGUUGAUGUCAUAGUUGCAAUUUUUGACUCUGAGCAAAGCACACUGUAUAGGCUCUGUGGAAAAUCUGUCAUUGUGGAAAUUCUCAUCAAACAGCUUGAGGAUAUCAGUUGGUCUACAAGACGAGAUGCUGUCCAAUUUAUACAUCAAAUAUUCAAACAUGCCCAAUCUAUUGAAGACCUGGCAAAUUUAUUGCCAUUGUCAACAUUAACUGGCCUUCUUAUAGAUGGAGAUGAGGAUGUUCGAUAUGCAGUGAUUCAGUGUCUCAAUUUUACUGAAGAGAAAGGAAUAUAUUCCCACAAGCCAAUAUUAGAUGUCCAACAGAUAAAAGCAAUCAUAGCAGAUACAGAUUCAAGUGUUUGUCAGUCAGCAAUGACAUUCUUUGUUAGGGUAAUGAAAAGAGAAGUGCCUGAAUAUACAGACCAGGAGGCUACAGAUAUAUUCUCCCAUAUUAUAACACUGGCAAAUGACUCUAGUCGGGGAGGAGUACAAAUGCAUGCAAUUAGGACAGUGAUAGAUCUGUGGGCUCUUGAUGGUGAUGUUGGAGAACUUAGAACUAUAGUGGGUGUCAAAGAUUAUCUCAAUGACUCAUCUUGGCGAGUACGUAUGGGUGCUGUGGCUUGUAUGGGUGCUAUUCUCCAACAAGAAAAGGACAAUACACAGAUUGCUAUGUUUGAAACUAUUCAAAAUCUAGCUAUAUCAAUUGAAGACUCAGAUAAUGAUGUUCGAAAAACUAUCAUUAAAACUGUUGUUGACCUACUUUUGAUUGGUAUACACCUCAGCUAUCUUUAG